AUGCAGCACCCUCCUGCACUGCGCAACUCUGCCGGUGCGGGCACGGGCGCGGGCACGGACUCGUCCCAACGUGUGGGCGCCACCCCCGCAGUCUACGCGCAACCCAACGGCGCGGCCGCCUCCGCCGCCGCCGCCGCUGCGGCAGGGCACGCCGCUUCUCCAAACGCGUCUGCGACACACACCCACACCCACCACACCCAGUCCGUGUCUUCCAUUUCAACAUUGUCACAGUCGGGUCACUCGGCACCCAACAUGUCGUCUGGCCUGGCAUCGUCCUCGGCUUCCGCGCCAGGCCAACAACCACCAUCUUCCGCCUCGAGCGCAGCCGGCAGCUGGGGCAGGUCCUCCACCGCCCCUCGCCCAGUCAGUGGCAUGAACGGCAGCGGUGCUGGUGCUGGUGCUGGUGCUGGUGCUGGCAGUGGGCUCAGUGCCGACGAGCCCAGCCCAGCCCUCUCGACGUCUGGCGCGUCGGGAUCCGGCUCGCUGCGAGGACGACGCUCCAGCACACCACACACCCCUCCCUCACCACGAAAGUCAUCUCGACCCGUCUCGGGCGCAGCGCUGCCGAGCCCAUCCCACUGCCAGGCAAUCUAUUCGUUCGACUCGAGCUCGAUGCCGUCGAGCUCUGCGCUGGCGCACAACAUGUACCUCAGCUUCAACCAGGGCGAAGUCAUCCGUGUCCACGGCCGCGACCGCUCCGGGUGGUGGGACGGCGAGAUCCCCGAGCGCGACGGCGUGCACUCCCGUCGCGGAUGGUUCCCUAGCAACUAUGUCCGCGAACUUGACCGUGAAGAGGUCCGCGAGAUGUACCGUGCUUCAGAGCGGGACCCACCCAGCCCCAAUGCGAGCUACGAUCGGCGGGCCGAAGCGCGCUCCCGUCACACGUCAGUCAUGUCGCACGCCAGUCACGCCUCGCACGCCUCUCAGCACUCGGUCCACUCUCAACUCUCGUAUGCGUCACAUUACUCUGGACAAAGUCGUGCAACAGAUGGCGGCGGAGGAGGAGGAGGCGGUGGUGGGCACUCGUCAUCUCUCUCUCAGCCACUGUCGCCCGCCCUCCAAACCCUCCUUCAGCCCAUCCUCCAGUCCCUGUCCUUGCUGCAGUCGUCUAUCCACUCCCAUCGACGAGCCCAUAUCCAGCCGUCGGCGGCACAGGUCAUCUCGGCCAUUCGCGCAGCCUUGCUUCGCAUGGACUGCCUCAGCAAAGAAUCGAGAACCCUAGCAGCACACCCAAUCCUCGCCAAGGAGCGCCGCUAUGUCCUGGCUGAAUUGAGCAAACUCGUCGCGUGCGCCAAACUCGCAGGGACAGAAGUCGACGAGAGCGACGACGACGCUGCGUUGGUGGCAACUGGCAAAGCUGCUCGCAGCGUGUUUGCCAGCGUUCGUCGCUUCCUCUUGCAUGCAAGCGAGGCGGGUGUCUCGGUGCAGCCGCUCGAGACGGACGGAACCGAGCCCCCAGGCAGCGCCAACGACCUCACCACCGCCACGGGCAUGCCGCAGUCGCGGAUGCGCGUCAAGGUCCCCUCUGGCAGCGGCUCGCGCGGACCCGACGCCUACAGGAUGAACAGCGGCUCGGCCAACUCCAUUACUGGCCAAUCUGUCUCUGCCGUAUCCGUCAAGUCGCCGUCCGUCGGCAGCUCUGGCUCGGGUCGAUCGUCGCCCGUUUCCUUUCGGUCUCGCCGACGGGCCUCGUCACAUGCCCGCCACGCCCACGGGCCGUCAUUUGAGCAGAUUGCCCAGCAGCAGACCGAAUCCCCGGAGCUCUUACAAACCGAGUUCUCUCAGAGCACAUCGGCAGUGCCCCAGCGAGCCGCCGAGACAUACCCGGACCCACCCAUCAAGCAGUAUCCUUCGGGCGAGGCCGUUCACGAGGCAGUUGGGACCGCCGAGGACGCGCUCUUGUCCAUCAUUGCCAGCUUUAUUGGCCAUAUCCACUCUCACCACAUCGACUCGCAUCCUUCCUCGCAUGCGUACCUGAUCGAGCUCACUCGUGAGACGGUGGACCGCGUCCGCGACCUCUUGACCAUUGUCGAGGGUGUUGGCAGGCAAGCUGGUGCGCUUGGCGUCCGUCAGCGCGAACUCGAGUCGCUCAAGGCCGCUCGCGACGAGCUCUACGACGCUGCCAGCCAGCUUGUGGAGGGAGCCGAGGCCGUCGCAAACGCUCCCUUUUCAGAAGGUGGCGAGGACGCGUACGACGCUGAAAAGACGGGCCUGUUGCGAGUCACUACCACCACUCUGCGCGCAGGCACCGAGUGCGCCCGCGUGGUCUGUCAAUGUGUAUCCGAGGACGCUGGCCAUCCCGACUAUGACCUCCCCCAGUCUGCCGGCAGUGGCACCAACCGCGGCUACGCAGGCAUUGGCCUUGGAAUCCGCGGUCCCCAGUCCUUGCAGAGCCUCGCGAGGCGUGCCACGUCCCUUGGCCAGUUGCACCGGCGCUACCAGCAGGACGGCGGUGCCCGGGUCAGCGUUCCGCCUCCCAAGCGUCCCGUCGACAACGACGACGAAGAAAUUGUUGCCGACCAGGCUUCGGAGGACGAGGGCGAUGUCACGAUGCGUGUCAGCCCUCUCCGCGACGACGAGGGCUCCCGCCCAACCUCGCACCCGCCUCCCGCCACUCCCUCCAAGGACGGUGCCAGCGACCCGACGACCCGUCGCCUUUCCGACGCCACUUUGCUCAGUGUCCGUUCUCGUACCACCUCGUUGUCCUCGCCCACCACCAAGAAGAUUGCGCACAAGUCGCCCUCCCGGUCGGUCGACCUUGGCAAGUACAUGUCGGUCGACAGGGAACUGUCCCGCCCCUCGACUCUUGGCUCGCUUGGAUCCCAGUCGCGAUUUUCGAUUUCGCAGCGCAACAGCGCGAGCUCGCUGGCGCCACCUAUGCCCGAGCAGGCAAACGGCGACCAAGCCGAAAAGGACAUCAAGCGCAGCUCGAGCGUCAGUACUGCCCCUACCCGCCCACCCCCGGCUCCUCCUGCUGGCGAAGACGGCGACCCAUCACGCUUCUGGGCUGUCAAGCACGACUUUGACUUGAACGAGACAGCCUACAACUCGGAGGGUACGCUUGUUGGCGGCACCCUGCGCGUUCUUGUCGAAAAGAUGACUCCUCACGACGGCACGCCCGACCUCAACUUUUCGUCUGCGUUCUGGUACACGUUCCGCCUGUUCACGACACCCGAGGAGCUUGUCCGUACGCUUAUUGCGCGUUACGAGAUGCCUGUUCCACCCGUUGUCGAGGGUAUGGACGAGCAGCAGUUGCAGGCCUGGAAGAGCUCCAAGCAGAUUCCGGUGCGCAUCCGCGUGUCCAACUUUAUCAAGCAGUGGCUCGAGUCGUACUGGCGUCCCGACAGCGACGACCAGGUUCUCGACACGCUCGAGGCGUUUGCGCGUGACACCCUGUCCACGACCCUCCCCGGUGGCAUGGGCCCGCGUAUUCUCGACGCCGUCAAGAAGCGCAGGGAGCACGUCGCCACGUCGGUCACUGGCAGCGAGAGCACGGUCGUCGCAACGACGCCCAAGUCGGCCAACUUUGACCGCACGCGUACGCUCACAGGCAUGCUCCACACCCCCGCAGCUCCCUCAGCUCUCCCCACGCCCAUCAUCUCCAAGGCCCUCCACCAGCAGCUCCAGCGUCCCGGCGCUCCAUCGAGCAUUGCCAUCACCGACUUUGACACGCUCGAGCUUGCGCGCCAGCUCACGAUCAUGGAGAGCAAGCUGUUUGCUGCUGUCGCCCCCGAGGACCUGCUCAUGACGGGCAAGAAGUCUGUUCCCGAGCUCAAGGCGCUGUCUACGCUCAGCAACCAGAUCACUGGCUGGGUCACAGACGUCAUCCUCAACGAGCAGGACGCCAAGCACCGCGCGGCGUUGCUCAAGUUUUUCAUCAAGCUCGCAGACAAAUGCCUCCUGCUCAACAAUUACUCGAGCCUUUUCGCCGUCCUUGCCGGUCUCAACAGCAGCACCAUCCUGCGUCUCAAGAAGACCUGGGACGUGCUGUCUGUCAAGUACCGCGUCCUCAUGGACCGCCUGCGCGGCGUGAUUGAGCACACCAAGAACCACGCCGCGUACCGCACGCGACUGCGUGAGACCGCCGGGCCAUGCCUGCCGUUUUUGGGUCUUAUCCUCAGCGACAUCACCUUUACGCAGGACGGUAACCCCAACACGAGGACCACGACGUUGAACCCCGAGCUCCAGCUCAUCAACCAAGACAAGUAUACCAAACUGGGACGCAUCGCAUCCGACUUCCGCCGGUACCAGACCCCGUUUGACCUCAAGGAGCUCGACCCCGUGCAGCUCUUCCUGCAGCGCGUCCUCGCCGAGCGCGGAAGCGGCAGCCUCGACGCGCUGUACCGCAAGAGUCUGCUGCUCGAGCCGCGCCAGGGUUCCGAGAAGUUGAACAAUGCGGUCGAGCGCCCCGGAUGGCUGGGCGCGGGUCUCGCGCAACGGCUCCAAGUAUAG